AUGCCGUCUAUCGACGUCCACCCAAACCGCAUCGUCGAGGGCGACAACGUCACCCUCAGCUGUCGCGUGCCCAACGGAAGCAGCGGAAGCGGCGACAACGUGACCGUGAGCUGGUUCCGAGACGGCUGCCCCUUGCGGGAGGACGCGGGGGGCGACCGUUCGCUGGCGAUGAACUCUGUCGACAAUGGGGCCGUGGGUCACUACGGCUGCGUCGUGAGCAACGCGUGCGGACGCAGCCCCAGCGCAGAAGUCAGAGUCGACGUUCACUACGAGCCAGAGAGGGUGAAGCUGACAGCCGACUGGAUGUCUCUCGACGUCGACAGUCACAUCAUUCGCAUCCGCAGCAGCUACAGCAGUAGCAACAAUAGCAGCAGCAGCUACAGCAGCAGCAGCAGCAAUAGCAGCGUCGACAUAGUCCCGGCGGAUGAGAAGAUGGCGGUGGUUGCCCGCAGGGUCUACGACGCGGUGCGUGCGCUCCUCAGGGCCGCCUCCGUCUCCUCUCCUCGUUCUGGCGGCGACAGACCGCGACAGCCCGGCAAGUCCCCAACCCUCGCGGGAAUCUUCCCCGUGGAGGCGCAGGAGGAGCCGGCGUUCGCCGCCGAGGCCUCCGAGUUGACGCGCAGAUUCCUGGGGGAGAGGGACAACGACACCGAUGGCUGGAUCUCCGCCAAAGUGCACGCGGCAUUCCGCGACGUCCUUCAGGCGUUCUCCGGCGACGACGGCCGUCGGACGUUCAGCGCGACGCGGGGAGCCUCCCAACUAGCGCCGUCGGGACCCUCCGCGAGCACUCGCGUUGCCCGCGCCCCGCCAUGCCCAGCCACGUCCGACAGUGACGACGCCCACGGAGCUCUGGUGCGCCUCGCCUACCUGGGCUUCCCCGCGGGUGGCGGUCAACAUUCACCGUACGACGCCGUGCGCCGGGCCCUGUCGAGGCCCGGCGAGAGGCCCUCGUCACUGUUCGCCUUCGGGCGACGCUCGGGCGACGGGGCUUUUGUCGUCGUCGUCGCUGCCGGCGACGACAACGGCAACGGCAGGGUCGUCGUCGCGUUUCAUUCGGUCGGAUCGCUGCCCGGCGCAAGCGGCUGCCACAACGCGACGAAGGGCGGCAGCCUGAGCCUGGCGUGCAUCACCGCCUCCGGACCAGGGGCCGUCUGCGCGUGGAGCCUCAACGGUGGGAGGCUGCCACUGCCGGCGUCGUCGUCCCCGCCAGAUGCUUGCGAGCUGACCAUCCACAACCUGCAAGUUGGCCACGAGGGGCGCUAUGAGUGCGUGGCCACCAACGUCGCGACCGGACGCAGAGCGACGGUCGCCACGUGCGUCUACGUCAGCGAUGGCAACCGCCCACCACCACCACCACCGGAAGGGAACGGAUGGAAGCCUCGUGAGACUCCGCAAACCCCACAACACAACCCCGUUACGUUAUUGAGAUGGGGGGGGAUGAACCACCCACCUGAGAUUUUGACGUAA